UUAAUUGGUAGUCAUAAGCAGGUUAAAAUCAACGAUCAAGCGCCUAAAAAUACAUCACGUAAUUUUCAAAAGUUACCUCAAAUUUUUCUUUUUCAAAAAGAUACGAUUAUCACCACAGUGCAACAACGACAAUGUCUCCGGUUAAUCUGAAAGACUGGAUGGAAGAGGUGGUGAAGUACACUUUGGAGUCUCACAUAAACGAAACCCUAGAAUUCGAUCUAGGCCUCUCCAAAUCCUUCUGCUCCAACCUUCUCAAACUCGAUCCCGACGAUCCCAACACGUCCACUGCGACCGAAUCUUUUGAAGGAGUCCCUCCAUAUCCCUUAUACAAGCGUCUGGCAUCAGCUUUAUUAGAAUCAAUCAAUUCUAAAGCCUUUUGUAGGAAAUAUAGCGAUUUGAACUUUAUCCCUGAAGGAAGCUCCUCGAAGCAAGAAGAAAAUGAAUGGAAGAAGCUGGUUUUGGAUAAGGGAUCGGAAAUUGUGAAUAUUUUGAAGUCUGUUGUCCAUGAACUUCAUGUUCAGGAGCCUUUCUUUUCGCAGCUAAAAGAUGGCAAGAAAACAAUUGAAGGAAGGUGUGCCAUUGGUGACUACAAUAGAAUUGGUUCAGGAACUUUGAUCUGUUUCAACAAAUGUGUGGUGUUUGAAGUUCAGGAUGCCCACUGGUAUGCUUCAUUCUCUGAAAUGUUGGGGGCAGAGAGUCUUGCCAAGGUUCUUCCUGGAGUUGAAACCAUUGAAGAAGGUAUACAAAUCUACAGGAAUUUCUACACAGAAGAGAAAGAAAAGACAAAUGGCGUUCUUGCAAUCCAUGUUUUGAAAGUGGAUGUUCAGCCUUAUGCUUGUCUGGCAACCCUACUCUCUGUAUUGAGUUAUGGGGGUGUUCAAGGCCUUCUUGGUCUGACACAUACCACAGGGACUAUUCCAAAUGCACUUCCCCCACCAAGAUCAACUUUGUUAUCAUCAUUUACCCUUCCAUAUAAGCCGAAUGUUGAAGGUUGUACCUUGACUCAUGGAGCUAGGGCGCUGGCAAAACAUGCUAAUAGGAGUACAAGUAAAUAUUGGGGUACUUUGGAAGGAAGCGAUUAUGAUAAAAAUGGGCUUGCAAUGGAUGUUGUCUGUCACGUAAUUGAACAUUGUGGCUGGCUGAAUGUGCAUAUUGUCCCACCACAUGGUGCUGUCUUUGAAAUAAGGGUUGCUGAUGGAUAUGGGGCACGGUGGUCUAAAGAUGGUUGCAAGUUUCCUGGGCUUUCUUCCUUCUUGAUCAGAUGGAGGAGAUAUGGAUUUGAGCCUGCCUGUCAGCCCAUUAAUUCUUCAGAGCUGGCUGAGUUAGUUUAUUGGAUUUCUAGAGCCAUACAUGGAAGACGGUCACUUAAAGGGAUGGAAGCACUAAUGUUGUUUGGGAAGGUGAACUUGCUUAAUUUUGAUAGCCCCCACUAUUACAGACAGGGAGAAAGUGACUGGCUUUGAUAAUGAAUAUUGGAUCUCAUGUCUGAGAUGUGUUCACAAUACAUUGUAAAAAUCCUGGAUGCAAUCAGCAAUCUCUCUUGUAUGAAUCAUGGUGUCAACUAUAAAAGUCCUACUAAUAUAAUUUCCUAUCUCUCUCACCUUUUUAACA